AAUUUACCUUUACUCAAUUCACACGCCAAUGCUUCUGUUAUGGAAUGCUUUUACUCUACAGAAUCUCCAAACACCCACGCAUUACAGAGACAGCGCCUUUCAAAUUUGCGAUCUUUUCUGCUCUUUCUCUCCAUUCUAACAGUUUAUGCGACAGGAAUUUAAUGUGAGGUUCUCUGAGGUGAAAAUAAAUUGUGUGGCAUUAAACUCUUGGGUUUGAUGGAGAUAAAUAUAGCAAAAGAAGUGAAAGAAGAGAAAGAAAUGUUAAACCUUAAUGCUGUUAGCAAUUAUGUGUCAGAAAAUUGUCGGUGUAAUGAAUUGGAAGAGAGAAGCAAGAAAGCUGAAGUGUGGUGUGCAGAGUUAGAAUUUGAGCUUCAAAAGAAAAAGGAUCACUGUGAAGCACUUGAGGCUAAAGUUAAGGCACUGGAGAGAGAAAAGUUUGCAAUUGAAGAUGAGCUGAAAGUUUUGAGGAUGUCGAGUGAAGGACUUAAAAGGCAUGAAGAAGUUAGUAGUGGAAAAGAGAGAGCGAUAAAAACAAUUGUUGAUUUGACAGAGAAUAAUGAGGCUGUUCAGCUAAUGAUUGAGAACAAAGUUUUGGAAUGUGAGAAGAAAAGGGCUGAGAGUGAGACAGAGAUCUGGAAAGACAAGUACAAGAAAUUGGAAUCAUGGGCCUUACAAUUGGGGAUGGGAAGGGGUAGUCAUUAUCAUGAAGAAAAUGGAAAUAAGCAAGAAAAUAAGCGGAUAAGAACUGAAGGAAAUUUGCAUCUUCAUACAAGCUUUGACUUCCAGCAGAAUCAAGAGAAAGUAGGAGAUUUAGGGAAUGUAGUUUCUUCUCGUAUUUCUCCCUUUAAAGAAGCUGGAUAUAUGCAAUCAGCAGGCACACCUUCUAAUGGCAUAUUUCAAAGAAGUCCCAUCUUACAUUCUACAGUGCAACCUGGCAGGAAAGUUAUAAAACAGUUGAAAUUCGAAACUGAAGAGAGUCCCAGCAAAAAGAUGGCUCCAUCUACACCCUUUGGUGCAAAAUCUGCUUCAGUCCAUGUAAUUGAUAUCAUUGAUAGUGACGAUGAACCUAAUAUUACUCAGAACCCAGUACCAGAUAGUCUGGGUGGUGGAAGCAUUUCUGUUUCAACAUGUUUUGCAGCAGAACAAGGAAAAAAGUCAAAGAACUCUGACAGCAGUUGUGCCCAAAAGAAGGAAAUUUUGGAUUUUAGCGAAGAUAUCUUAUUUGUUGCAACUCCUAAAAGGAAACGAACUUGUAAUGUUGUUACAAGUGAGUCUGAAAGUGAUGAUGAUGAUAAUAUGCCAAUUUGUAAACUUAAAAGGAUGCAUAUUCAGGGAGUAAGUGCUGACCAAGUCAGACCUGACUUGAAUAGUUCACUGACUGCUAAUAUUUCAGAGGAUGACAAGGUCACUCACACUGUAAAAACUAGGCGCCGUCUACUGCCUCUGAGAAAAUGUGUAAGCAAAAGUCAGGAUGAUAAAACAUCUUCAUGUAGGCCUCAUAAGGCCAAGCAUCAACAAAGUAUUCCAACAAAUGAUGAUGCUGAUAAUGAUGAAUCAGAAAAGGAUUUAUCAUACAGUGAGGGAGAAAACAUGAGUGAUUUUAUUGUUGAUGAUUCUGAUGUAUCUAAUUGUGAAGACACGUCUAGCAAGUCACAAGAUGUAGCUAAUGGUGAUGCGAACUCUGACUCUAGUAACUCACAGGAUGUACAAGAUAGUGACAUGGAUUCAGAUUCACAGGAUGUAUCAGAUGGGGACAUGGACUUUGGUAAGAUAUUAUCGAAAAUUAAGAGGAGCAAAACCAACAAAAUGAAGUGGGAAUUUGAGGCUGACAUGCUUGCAGCUUUUGGAAAGGAUCUGGAAUUGUGUAUGAAGGCUGUGUGUGCUCUUUAUCAACAGCAAACUUCUGAGGAACAGACCAGCAGGGGAACAUUGUACAACAACCAGCGUGGAUUCAGCAAGUUUGAUGCUAAGAGAGGCAGUACUUUGGCCGAGUUCCUCACUGAUGGAGAUCCUCGUGGUGGUUUAAAGAAGUCUGUCAAGGAGUUGCAAGCAUAUGACCCCAAAGCAGUUGAACUGUGCAGAUCACUAGCCAUUCACUACUCAAAGCAACUAUUUGAGAUUUACAAGAACAAAGAGGAUCCUUCUUUUCCUUGACCAGAGCAGCAACAGGAUCCUUCUCAAAAGUGUGAAGAAAUGGAAGUAUGUGUAUCAAUUUGAACAAAACGUUAGCAGCUCUUUUCUUCUUUUCUUUUUGUUAGUUUCAGAAUAUGUAUAUGUACUACUGUGCUUACAUGUGCUAUCAUUAUGAUGCCUAAUUUCUUACAAGAAGAAAUUGUUGUCACGGCUUGUAUUUAGGAUA